UGACCAGCGUUUCUUAAAUAUGAGGAAGUGAAGUGACGAUGUUGCUGCAGAAAUAGACUGAAGGAAAAAGUUGGUCAACGACACGGUCUGAAGGAUACAGUCCCUAUCUGCCCCGCCACAGGAUGUUUCUGAAAAUACUCCUGGGCCUCCUGUGUGGUGUCCGGGCCUUGGGUGCAGAAAACGGCACAGCUCAGCAGGGCCCUCCGCCGCUGCUGCUGGUGUCCUUUGACGGUUUCCGCGCCGACUACCUGCGGCGCUUCCCCAUGCCCAACCUGAAGCACCUGUACAGCCAAGGGGCCCUGGUGGAGCAACUCACCAACGUCUUCAUCACAAAGACGUUCCCCAACCACUACAGCCUGGUGACGGGGCUGUACGCCGAGUCCCACGGCAUCCUGGCCAGCAACAUGUACGACCCCAUCAGCCACAAGAGCUUCCACGUGGCCGGCAACCACAGCGACCCUUCAUGGUGGAGUGAGGCGAGGCCCCUCUGGCUCACGGCGCUGGACUCCGGCUACAAGACGGCGAUCGCCAUGUGGCCCGGCUCCGAAGUGGCCAUCGGCAACCGCACGGCGUCGCACUUCCUGCCCUACGACUCCAGCGUGACGUUCCAACAGCGUCUGGGGAACACAACGAAGUGGAUGUUGGGAGACGGAAAGGAGCCAGGGGCGAUGUUCGCAGCGCUCUACUGGGAGGAGCCGGACCGGUCGGGUCACCAAUUUGGCCCGGACAAUGACACUGCAAUGAGCCAAGUGCUGAAGGAGGUUGACGACCACAUUGGCCUGCUGAUCUCUGAGCUGAAACGCACCGGCCUCUGGGGUCGCGUCAACGUCCUCAUUACCAGCGACCACGGCAUGGCCCAGUGCUCCGCCGAGCGCCUCAUAAAGCUGGACGACUGCCUCCACCCCGACAACUACACGCUGGUGGACCUCUCCCCGGUCACGGCCAUCAUCCCAAUUAAAGACCCAGAGGCCAUCUUCGCCUUGCUGAAUAAUUGCCACCACAACAUGACGGCGUAUAUGAAGUCGGCCAUCCCCGACAGGCUGCACUACAGGAACAAUGAGCGCACCCAGCCAAUCAUACUGGUCGCCGACGAGGGCUGGACCAUAAUGCAGCGAGGGACCAAGCUGCCCCGCUUGGGCGACCACGGCUACGACAACUCCCUACCCAGCAUGCACCCAUUCAUGGCAGCGGCUGGGCCCAGCUUCAGACAGGGCUAUCGGAUCAGCAGCCUGCAGAGCGUGGACAUUUACCCGCUCAUGUGCCACCUGCUGUCGGUGCCCCCGCAGCCCAACAACGGCACCCUGAACCAGGCCCGGUGCCUGCUGGUGGCGGAGACCUGCUGGGAGGUCCCUCUGGUGGUCGGCAUGGUGGUGGGCGUCCUACUGGUGCUCAGCACAGUCACUGUUCUGUUCAGGUUUCUGAGAUACCGCCGCCCGUCAGGCUCCCGGCCCUUCCAGAGGCUGCAGGUUGACGACGACGACGACGACGACCCCCUGUUGGAGUAAACCACUCCGAGCCAGUUACGCCACCCUAACCUGUGUCACCCGUUCCUGCUCUCCAGAGGUACUUCACAGGAUGCACUUUACUCACUGGGUCCCUGGCUGUUACUCAGGCAUGUGUGUGUUGUUCAUGUGCCCCUACACAUAAACUGUAGAGAAACAUGUUGUUUUAGAAGCAUCCAGGCCUACUGACACCCAAAAGGGAAUUGUUCACUGCUGUGAAAAUGGUGAAUACUUUUGUCGUCCUUGACUCUCUAUAAUGUAUGCUGUUUUAAGAUAAAUCUGUUAACAUAGACUUGAAUUUGUGACGAGAAGUUAUAUUUUGGAAACGGAACAGUUCUGAGGAAAUAUUGAAGACUUUUUAUUUUGCUGGUAGGAUGAAGAUUGAGAUUAAUAAUUUAAUUCUGGGAGAAAAAGAGGACUUUUGUUUGAGAUUUUAAAAUUAAGAGAUUUAUUCUUUAUUUUUCUGCGGGAAUUGUUUAUAGAAAACUUUAUUUUGUAUGUGUGGAUUCUAUUUUUAUUUUUUUUGUACUUGUAGUGUUACUUUUUGUCAGCAGAGGGAGCCAGUAGCUCAUUUACAAUUUCUUCUAUUGUAUCUCACUGAGAUCCUGUGUCUUGAAGACGGAAAGCUUAUCUUUUGAUUGUCUUUCUGUGUGUACUGUUACUGUUUUGGUUCAUUUACAGUUACACUGAUAACCCGAGUCUCAAGUGAAAAAUUCUGCUUUUAUCCAUACCUGAAAACUGAAAUUUCACAUCCGACUUGACACAUUUUUACUACUUAAUUUCAGUGUAAGAGGUAAAUGAUGUUUUGGAGAGUGUUUUAUAUGCAAAUUCUUAAGUCUAGGAUUGUCAGGUAUCCAUUCUGCAAUUGCAGCAUGUAUUUUAAUGAUACCAAAAACUAUUAUUAACAUGCCCAACAGCGGCUCCAAGGAGAUGUUCAAGAUAAAAAAAAAUGUAACAAAAGGAUUUGGUUCAUAAAUUUAAGACUAUACAAUGAAUUGUAUUAGCAUCAGAUGGGAUGGUUUUUAAGAUUUUAAGAGUAGUACAAGAUGAAAUUCAAGUAAUGAGGAACAUUUAGGAGCCCGUUUUGAUAUCUCUCUUAUAAUGAUAUUGUUAUUGUUAUCAAAAAUACAUCAGUGAGCCACACUGGUCGCACUGUUCCUACAUUUGGUUUGACUCAGUCCCACACAAACUGCCCCGCCCCGCCGUGUCUUCAUCCACGGCUGAAAGUAGACCCUAACAAGCUCACUAUUUCCUCCUUUUUUUGAGGAAUGUUUGCUAAAAAUGACACUGCUCAGCUGAUUCGCGGCUUGUUGGUGAGUUUAUUAUAAAUAGUAUUUCUACAGAGUAGAAAUGGUCUUUUCAUGGGAUUAAUUAAAAAUAACUAAACUUUAGAAUAUCUACAUGCUUCCCACGACAUAUCUAGUGAGAUAUAUAUAUAUAUA